GUAAAACUGAACGGCCGUUUUUAUUUAUUCAGAAUUCUUUCGUCAACUCAGUUGGUCAAAAAAUUACCAGUUUCUACAAAAGGAACCUUUAAACUCUAACUAAUCAAAAUGCGUGAAUGUAUCUCCAUCCAUGUUGGCCAGGCCGGUGUCCAGAUCGGCAACGCCUGUUGGGAAUUGUACUGUCUGGAGCACGGGAUCCAGCCUGAUGGCCAGAUGCCCAGUGACAAGACUAUCGGAGGCGGUGAUGACUCCUUUAACACCUUCUUCAGCGAGACCGGAGCCGGUAAGCACGUCCCCAGGGCCGUCUUUGUCGACUUGGAACCCACCGUAGUCGACGAGGUCCGAACUGGAACCUACCGACAACUGUUCCACCCGGAACAGCUAAUGACCGGAAAGGAAGAUGCCGCCAACAACUACGCCAGAGGCCACUACACAGUCGGCAAGGAGAUGAUCGACAUCGUCUUGGACAGACUCCGAAAACUGGCGGACCAGUGCACUGGACUUCAGGGAUUCCUGAUCUUCCACUCCUUCGGUGGUGGUACUGGAUCUGGUUUCACUUCCCUGUUGAUGGAACGUCUCUCCGUCGACUACGGAAAGAAAUCCAAGCUGGAGUUCGCUGUGUACCCUGCUCCCCAGAUCUCGACGGCAGUCGUGGAGCCAUACAACUCCAUCUUGACUACCCAUACCACCCUGGAGCACUCCGACUGUGCUUUCAUGGUUGACAAUGAAGCCAUCUAUGACAUCUGUCGACGAAACUUGGACAUUGAGCGACCAACCUACACCAACUUGAACCGUCUUAUCGGUCAAAUCGUCUCCUCAAUCACCGCAUCUCUCCGAUUCGACGGUGCCUUGAACGUCGACUUGACUGAGUUCCAGACCAACUUGGUGCCAUACCCGAGAAUCCACUUCCCCUUGGCCACCUAUGCUCCGGUUAUCUCGGCAGAGAAGGCAUACCACGAGCAGUUGACAGUCGCCGAGAUCACCAACGCUUGCUUUGAGCCCGCCAACCAGAUGGUGAAGUGCGAUCCCAGACACGGAAAGUACAUGGCUUGCUGUCUGUUGUACCGAGGUGAUGUCGUCCCUAAGGAUGUCAACGCCUCUAUCGCCACCAUCAAGACCAAGAGGACAAUCCAGUUCGUCGACUGGUGUCCCACUGGAUUCAAGGUGGGAAUCAACUACCAGCCUCCGACUGUCGUUCCCGGAGGUGACUUGGCCAAGGUGCAGAGAGCUGUCUGCAUGUUGAGCAACACCACCGCCAUCGCCGAGGCCUGGGCUCGAUUGGACCACAAGUUCGACUUGAUGUAUGCCAAGAGAGCUUUCGUCCAUUGGUACGUCGGAGAGGGUAUGGAGGAGGGAGAAUUCUCCGAAGCCCGAGAGGAUCUGGCUGCCCUGGAGAAGGACUACGAAGAGGUCGGAGUCGACUCGGUUGAAGGCGAAGGCGAAGAGGAGGAGGGAGAGGAAUACUAGAUUCCCAUUGGCUGAAAACUAACACUGAAAAAACUGACUACCAUUGAAACUGCUGUCUCAUUGAUAUAUCAAAUUAAUCUGAUACAUUUUGAUGCUUGUCAAAAUCCUUGCAAACUAAUGAAAGUUACACUGCAA